AUGAAGUUCCUCGGAGCCGCCGUUGCUGGUAUUGCCAGUCUGCUCUCCUACCAGGCUGUCGCGAGCCCCGUCCCAACCCCAGUCGAGGCCCGUCAAGCUACCGGAACCAUCUCGAACAAUGUCAUCUUCUCCCCGCCGUCAAACGCUGGCUGGGUUGACCCCCGCGUCCUGUACGCUCGCACCAUCCAGCUGGACUCGGGCGACCUGAUCGCCACCUGGGAGAACUACUCCCCCGAGCCUCCCAUCGUCUAUUUCCCCGUCUACCGCUCUCAAGACGGCGGAGCCACCUGGGCUGAGAUCGGCCGUGUUCAGGACACCGUCAAUGGCUGGGGUCUGCGCUACCAGCCCUUCCUCUACGAGCUUCCGGAGGCGUUCGCUGGUUAUCCCGCCGGCACUAUCUUGCUCGCUGGUAACAGCAUCCCGACGGAUCUGAGCUUGACCAAGAUCGAUGUCUACGUCAGCACCGAUGGCGGUGCCAACUGGGAGUUCCUCAGCAGUGUUGCCAGCGGAGGCGAGGCCCUGCCCAACAACGGCCUGACCCCCGUCUGGGAGCCUCACUUCUUGCUCCACAACGGCGAGCUCAUCAUCUACUACGCCGACCAGCGCGACACGAAGUACGGCCAGAAGCUGUCUCACCAGACCACCACCGACCUCAAGACCUGGAGCGCCAUCGUCGACGAUGUCCACGAUGACAACGCCUACGAGGCACGCCCUGGCAUGCCCGUCAUCGCUAAGCUGCCCAACGACGACUUCAUUUUCGCCUACGAGGUCUGCGGCACCGAUGGCUGCCGCGUACACUACCGCCUCACGGCCGACCCGCUCAACAUCCUCGCCGCCCCCAGCAUCUCGCUUAUCUCCACCUCCGGCACCCGCCCCGUUAGCUCCCCCUACGUUGUCUGGUCCCCUGUCGGUGGCGUCAACGGUACCAUCGUGCUCAGCGGCGGCAGCCAGUCGAACAUCUUCGUCAACCGGGCUCUGGGUGAUGCUAGCGCUUGGGUCGAGUAUGCUGUUCCUCAACCCAAUGCUUACUCUCGUGCUCUGGCGGUGCUUGAUGAUGGUAGCAAGUUGGCUAUUAUUGGCGGUGGAAGAUUGCCUCCUAGCAGCACCAACCAGGUUAGCAUUAGUGUUGUUGAUCUCAAUGCAUUGCUUGGAUUGUAG